UUCUUAGCCAACAUGGCGGCACAAACAGACGACAGCAAGUAUUUUGUGAGAGAAAUUGAAAAGAAUGACGGCUGCGUCUUAAGAAUGAAGCAGUGCUAUAUGGGAGACGUUGGCUGCGUGGUCUGGGAUGCUGCAAUCGUUCUCGCUAAAUAUUUAGAAACUAAACAGUUUUAUGAGCCGUCGACAGGUGUCAACAUGUGGUGUGGAAGGACUGUGGUGGAGUUAGGAGCUGGGACAGGAGUCGUUGGUUUGAUGGCAGCAACACUGGGUGCUCAAGUCAUAGUUACAGACUUGGAAGAUUUACAGACCCUCCUGAGUGCAAAUAUUCAAGAAAACCAGCCACUCAUCAAAAGUGGAUCCAUAUCUGCCAAGGUACUAAAAUGGGGUGAAGAUGUGUCUGAGUUAUUGCCUCAUCCACAUUACAUUCUUAUGGCAGACUGCAUAUAUUAUGAGCAGUCUAUUAGUCCGCUGGUGGAGACCUUGAAGCAGCUUUCUGGACCAGAAACCUCCAUUAUCUGUUGCUAUGAGCAACGCACCGAGGGCGUUAAUCCAGAAGUGGAGAGGAGGUUUUUUGAGUUGCUGCAACAAGAUUUCACUUGUGAAAAGAUCCCUUCAGACAAACAGGACCCAGAGUUUAGCAGCCCUGACAUCCACAUUCUGCAUAUUCAAAGAAAACACUGAUCUUCUCGCAUGACGUUUGCAGUGCUAUUUAGAUUUGUACCAGUUAUAGAAAAGAAAAAAACGGACUAUGACUCACAACAACCUUAAAGCCUACAGUCUGUGACUUUUUUAUCUUUUUAUAUUUGUAGAAAAUAAUUGGGUUUUUAUGGAAUAAAAAUGUAAUAUUCUGAAAAUCAGUUUUGCUCCAAGAUUCUUCCUUGAAAUAUUAUCAUGAUGGAAAUAAAAGGCUUUUUGU